AAGGCCGACCAGGAGCAUUCGCCCGCAGCCAAUGGAAACGCAGCGCUGGCGGCCUCGAGACCUCGCCCCCCCAUCCAAACACAUUGACCAAUGAGAACGUACGCCCCCUCCAGCCGCUCGCGCCUGCGCAUUGUAACACCAAUCAGCGGCUGUUGUUUUUUUUUCAAUCUGGUGUUGGAGGCGCGCGGUGCAGAAUUCUAACCGGCGGUGAAGAAGGAGAAAUAUAAAUAUAAAUAGAAAUAGAGAGCUAGAAACGGGAGGAGAGGGAUAGAGAUAAGUAAGGAGAGGAAGAAAGAAAGAAAUAAAUAGAGAUAAACAGAGGUCGUGAGAGAGAAAUAGAAGCGUGAUGAGUUAAAUAGAGAUGAAGAGACAAAUGUGAAAGAGGUGGAACAAGGAGAGGAAUACAGAAGUGAAGGUAUAUCAUAAGGGGACUAAAGAUAGAAAGGGGUAGUAAGUUGAUUGAGGGGAAGGGGUAGACAGCUGGAGAGAGGUAUAAAGGACGAGGGAAAAUACACUCCCCUUCGUUGCAGGAGGCAGGGAUCAGGGAAGCAUAGAGGAAGUAGGUGAUAUUAAACUGGCAGAAGGUUAGAGAGAAAAUUGGUAGAAAGAGAAGAAUAGGUACAACAGUGAGUGGUAGCAGGACAGGGAAUGAAGACAGAGAAAGGCGGGUGGUAAAAGAAUAGAGAGAGGGACUGAACUGAGAAAUAGGGGAAGAGUGGAGGAAAAGCUGCCUCUGAGCAAGGAGAAUAUUAGUGUGUAUGUGUAAACAUUCAAUUACAGAACCUUAUCUUCAAAUUUGGAAAGGAAUGCAACGUUGCAGCGUUUAAAUUAUGGAAAGUGAAGUAAUGAAUGCAACCGUAUCCACCAGCUAUUUGGUGUUUUCUGGUAAAAUGAAGGAACAACGGAAUAGUAUUUUGAAAAAGACAAAAUACAAUGCAUCUUUGAUUUCUAAGAUUAAGACCAAAAUUCUCAACAACUCCUCAAUGAUGAAGAUUUCACUUAAAAAUAACAAUAAAGCUUUGGCAUUAGCACUUGCUGAAGAGAAGAAAAAGUAUAGAUUGUCUGAACAGGAAAAAGUAAUUCUUCAAAAAGAAAUAUGUAUUCAAAAUUAUGACAUAGUUAUGCUCCAGCAAAGGUUGACUACUCAGAAACAGAAUGCAAAACUUUCAACCUUGGAAGAAUUUUUGAUGAAGCUAAAAAGCUGCUUCUCUGAUGCUACUGAUUACUUGUCAACUGCCAUCAGUACCUGUGAAUGUGAUUUUCAGGAAUAUCAGUGGAAUGGUAUGUUAUUCCAAAGAAGUAACCGUGUAAGUGAAGAUUCCAACUGCAACUUAAAUACUAAGUUACCAUCAGACGCUCUGCCCAAAUUUGGAAUUGAAGGAAGAUACAAAACUAACGCCAUCCUGGAUGACAAAAUCGAUCCCUUGAAACAAGCUGUCGUAGUUCCAGUAGAGGAUUCUACAUCUUCGGCUACUGGACCAACACGUCAAACUUUUACUGUGAAUUUCCAUGAAAAUGUCAAUGAACCAAAUAACUACAGUGAGCAAACUGAAUUUGGGCAACAUAAUAAAGAUACUGUUUCAAAUCAUGCUUGGCAUCCUCAGAAUUGUGAAAUAUCUUCCAUGAAUAACUUUCUUGUUCCACACACAUCAUUUACUGAGCAAAUGCCUGAAACUCAGCAGAAUGAAACUAUUGUUGCAUGUCAAAAUGUUACCUUAAGAAAGAAAGAUUCAUGUUCCCGAAGUUCUAAAAUAUCUCUGGAAUUACUGGAGAAAAAGUGUGCUUCCUUGGCAAGAGAAUCUUGUUCAAGAAAUUCUAAAAUCAUUGAUAUUCCCGAUUUUCACAGAAUAAGUUUGGGUGGACCACAAGUUGAAAUUUCUCCGAUGCCACACAGCUCACAUCCUUCUGAUCCGCAGAAGUGUGGCACAAACCUGAUUACUGAAGAACAGUCAGUUGAGCAACAGAAACCUGAAGUGACUGUCCUUGAUGCAGAAAUGGAUCUAACUACAAGUGAAGCUGUAGAAAUUGUUACUGUUGGAACAAAUUCUACAAAGGGCAGAACGAAAAAAACUGGAAGAGAUAAUAUGGAAGUUGAAACAACCUCCAAGAGUGUGGCAACUCUGCGAAAAGUAAAACAAACUAAGGGAAAAAAUUCCAAUAGUGCUCAAAGAAAUUGCAACAUUGAUUCUCAGCUGUUUGAAAAGACACAAAGAAAGUGUUCUGAGGAAUUUUCUGUCUUUGACCAAAACUCUAUAAAUAAUAAUGAGGAGCCCAAUGUUCGUAUUCCAAGCAGUGGACUGAAUAAUUGGCUAGUGCAUAAGCAGAAUAUCCACCAAAAUGAUCAGAAGGAAGAUAGUCAGAUUGAAAGUUCUUCUAAAAAUAAUAUAAACAGUAUGAAAGAAACAUUUGAGAAAAAUACAUUUAAAAUUCAUAACAGCAUUAAGGACAGCUCAUGUAAUUUAUUUGCCUCGAGGGCUAGUGAAAUUUAUAAUAAACCAGAGAGGAAUGAAUGUCUAAAUAAUGAGGAAGAGAGCAGAGGAAUUUCAAAUACUUUGCAAGGAAAUUUCUGUAAUGUAAAAGAAAAGGUUGGACAAGGAACAUUUACUGUGUUGAAGUAUCACAAUGUUGAGGAAAGUACAUCUAAUCUAAUUAAACAGCAAACAGUAGAGCGUGAAGUGGAAAUGGCUAAACAUCCAGUAUUAGAAGAUUACAGGAAUUUAAAUAACAGGAGCACUAGCCGAAGGACAUUUUUGGUGACAGGGAGCAACAACAUUAAAGAUAAUUCGCCUAAAGCAGUUGGUAAGAAAAAGCUUGGAAAGCAGAGUGUAGUGGUAACAAAUGAAUAUUCAGAUAAUUUAGAGGAGGGCUGCAGGAGCUCUCAUGCGACAGAGGAAAAUACUAACAUUAAAGGUAAGACUGACCGAAGGACAUUUGUGGUCAUAGAAAAACACAACAGCAUUAAAGAUAUUUCACCUAAAUCAUUUGGACAGGAGAAACUUAAAAAGCAGAGUUUGAUGAUAACAAAUGAAUAUUCAGGUAGUUUGGAGGAGGGUUGCAAGAACUGUAAUGCUUCAGGAAAGAAUAUUGAUAACAAAAGUAAGGUUAACCGAAGGACGUUUGUUGUAUGUAAACGCCACCGGACCAUUAAAGAAGAUUCAACAAAUUCAUUGUUAUGGCAUGAUGGCAAAGAGAAAAAUGAAGUGGAGAUGGUUGAGUGUUUAGGUAACUUAAAAGUUAGCAAUACAAAUAAUAUUGAUAACCAAAAGAUGAUCGUAGUGCUUAAAAGGGGCAAAAAAUCAUCCAAACGAGAGAAAUUUAGAAAUCAGCCUGAAAUUACAAUGGCUGAAUCUUUGGAUAAUCUGGAAGAAACCAGCAAGAGUUAUAAUGACUUGGAAACAAAUAUUGAUAACAAAAAACGCAAAGCUGACAUGGCUGCAGUGCACAAAAAACGAAAGAAAUUUGAACAAAACCUCUCUGACCUAAUUAAAGAAGAGAAAGAUGAUGAACCAGAUACAAUAACUGCAUGUUUGCCUUGCACAGAAGGGUACAGUGAAACUUCUGUCAUGCAACAAGAUUACAUAAAAGGAAUAGACGACCAAACGACAUUUGUGGCAAACAAAAUACUGGAAAAUAUUGAAAAUCUACCUAAUCUAAUUGUGGAAAAUCAAAGUGAAGAGCAAAUGGAUGUAAAUCAGCACUUGAAUAGAAACAGGAAAAACUGCGAUCAAAAUGCAGGUGUUUCUCCUGAAAAUUAUUGCAAUGUGAAGGAAAGAUUGGAUAGAACAAUUGCAGUUUGCAAAAAUAUUGAAGAUCCACCUCGCUCAAUACUGGCAGCAAGAAAAACAUUACAAAAGCCAACUUGUGGAGGAAAUCUCUAG